AUGGAUGAAUCUGGUAAAGACAACGAAGAAAAUUUAAUGUUGUUUCAUGAUAAAACUGAUGAAAACCGACCCGAAGAGAACGAACAAAAUGUCUCUGAAACAAAUCUCGCGAGUAAACAACACGGAAGUAUUAGUGAAAUUGACAAGGUCACAGAUAAAACUGUACCUAGUAAUACUGUCGAUAGCGAAACCCCCGAAAACAUUGAAACUGGAACUGAAGUAGGUCCUGUACGACAUAGUACAAGACAGAAAACACAAUUUACUGACAGAGAAUCGAUUGAAAACGAAGAAAUAUACCGCCAACAACGUACCCUUGGCGGUCAUCAAGGGCGUAUUACAGCACUCGUCAAUCAAUUAAGUACUUGUGUCACAAAGGGGCGUGGACCGCACGAAAUCGUUGACAUUUUAGAAUCUCUUGAAAAGGCAUGGCAAGGCUAUAAUAACGCAUAUGGAAAAUAUUUAUUGAAAAAUCUAGCAGAAGAAGAGUUCGCGCAAAUUGAGGAAGUCUUUUCAUAUAAUAGUAAAAAUCACGCUUCUUGUGUUUUCGAAGCCCAGGAAUAUCUACGUUAUUGUCAAUCAAUGGCACUUCAACAACAAGCAAUGGCGCAAAGACAGAGCAUUGGUUCAAAGUCAAUUUCGUCCAAAGUUUCGAAAUCGUCUAAGAGUUCGAAAAAAGAAAAAGCCAAAAUGGAUGCAGAAUUGAAAAGAUUGGCAGCUACCCAAGCUGAGGAAGCCGCGAUAUUUGAAGCUGAGAUGGAAAAGAAAAAGAUAGAGAUAGAAUUUCAAACGUGCGAAAAAGUAAGAAAACUGAAAGCAGAGGCUGCCCUCGCAGAACGAAAGGCCGAACUGAUGCAAGAAUAUGACAGCGAUGACAUGUCCAGCUCGAAUGAUGAAAAUGGAUCGGACAGAUUGCCACCCCCUCCAAUUACACAAUUAAUAAAAGGAGAACAGACUGAAUUAUGGGUAAAGUCUUGCUCAAGCCAAACAGCUGAUAAUCAAGCCUUGGACAAUCUUGAAUCACCUGAGCGUGUCAACAAUCAACCCAAGAAAUAUUUUGAAGACAUGUGUAAUAGAAAUAAAGUGGAAACAAAUACAGCUGGUCAAAAGGGACAUGUCACAUUUAAUGAGCGUGGGAAAAAUAGAUCGAGUGCAAGAAUCAUACCGGAAAUUAGUAAAAACCAGAUUUCGGAUGCUCAAGCAGUGAUGUUAAAGGUGAAUAUGUUACAAGCAAUGCAACCUGUGAAAUUUGAUGGUAACCUAUCUGACUUUCCCACAUUUAGAAAAAGAUUGAUUGACAAUCUUGAAGACGGAGUUCUUAAUGACAGUCAAAAAAUCGAAUUUCUACCUAAAUUUGUAUCUGGAGAUGCGUAUGAAACUGUGAAAAGAGUGGCUGGCUGUUCUUACCCGGAUAUUAUAGUGAUUUUGCAAGAUAGAUAUGGUCAGCCUGCCACAGUUGCUGCCUCUUGUAUUGAGUCCCUGACAUCUGGUCCAAAGUUGACAAACGGUGACUACAAAGGAUUGCGUAACUUUGCAGAACAACUUGCGUCAUCAGUGAAAAGGCUUGAAGACGAAUAUGAACAAGAAGCGAGCACAACAUCGAAUUUAAAUUUGAUCGCUUCGAGGCUACCAAACUACCUGAUUAACAAAUGGGGAGACGUAUCGUUCACGAUUAGAGAAAAGGGAAGAAAGCCACGACUCGAGGACCUAGCUAAAUUCGUGAAAAGGCAAGCGGCGAUCAAAAAUGAUCCUGC